ACAUUGUAAUUUUUUAUUUUCUGAUUUAUAUUUGUCUGAACCCUAAACCCUAGAUUACCGUAAAUUAUAAAAAAAAAAAGAUCUGAAGGUUCAGGUAACUUAAAAACCCUAGCUCUCCAUUUCUGAUUGUCAAACAGCAAUGGCCUUAUACUCUCGCCUCCGCACAACUCUCAACCUUACCUCACUUAAAAAACGUCACUUCUCGGCGUCGUCAGUCCUCGCCUUUGGUGAUUCGUUGCCGUUGACCGCCAAAGAAAAGACACGGGCCGCUCUUUCUCUCCUCAAGUCAGAAUCCAAUCCCGAACGUAUUCUCGACAUCUGCCGAGCUGCCUCUCUCACUCCCGACUCUCAUCUUGACCGCAUCGCCUUCUCAAUCGCCAUCUCCAAGCUAUCCCAAGCCAAUCACUUUAACGGCAUUGCACAGUUCCUUGAAGAACUCAAGACCCGACCCGAUUUGACACGAAACGAACGUUUUGUUUCUCACUCUAUCGUCCUUUAUGGUCAAGCAAAUAUGAUCGAACACGCCAUCCGUACAUUCAAGGAAAUGGAAAACAACGGCUUUUGUUAUUCUGUGAAGUCAUUAAACGCGCUGCUAUUCGCCUGCCUAGUGGCGAAGAAUUAUAAAGAAGUGAAACGAGUAUUCGUUGAGUUCCCGAAAAUUUACUCAAUCGAGCCAAAUUUGGAGACAUAUAAUACUGUGAUUAAGGCCUUUUGUGAGUCAGGCGAUUCGAGUUCAGUGUAUUCUGUGUUGGCUGAGAUGGAUAGGAAAUCGGUUAAGCCCAAUAGGGAGACGUUUGGGACUUGGUUAGCUGGAUUUUAUAAAGAGGAGAAGUAUGAAGAUAUUGGGAAAGUUUUGAAAUUGAUGGAGAAAUAUAAUAUAAAGUCAGGGCUUGGUGUGUACAACAUAAGGAUUCAGAGUUUGUGUAAGCUGAAAAAACCUGUGGAAGCCAAAGCAUUGUUUAAUGGUAUGUUAUCAAGAGGGAUGAAGCCGAAUUCGGUAACUUAUAACCAUUUGAUUCAUGGGUUUUGUAGGGAAGGGAAUUUGGAUGAAGCAAAGAAAUUGUUUAAGAGUAUGAUUAACAGAGGGUGUAAACCGGAUAGUGAAUGUUAUUUCACUUUGGUGCAUUUCUUGUGUCAAAGCCGGGAUUAUGAGAUGGCACUGAAGGUGUGUAAGGAGAGUAUGGAGAAGGGCUGGGUGCCAAAUUUCACUACAAUGAAGUUGCUUGUGAAUGGACUGGCGAGUGUUUCCAGAGUUGAUGAAGCAAAGGAAGUUGUUGGGGCGGUAAAACAGAAAUUCUCUAAGAAUGCUGAUAUGUGGAAUGAGGUUGAAGCGGGUUUGACACAAUAGAGAAAUUAAGGUAUGCAAGUUUGUUAGAUGAGUAUGGAGAUGAAUUAAUAAUACUAAAUUUCAGAAUUUUGUAUGAAAAAUUAUAUUUUCAUUUAAUUUUAUUGGCUUAUGGAGAUUUGAUGUUAAUUAUCUGAAGCUCAUGUAGUUAUUAAUUUGAUUCCUGAUUCAAUUGACACAAUGAAGUAAAUGGAGUACAUGUAAUUAAGUAUGUGAUGUGAUAUUUUUGGUUUGA